CGUGUUACUCAGAAACAGAAAUCAAACUUCUUACUGUUGCAAACAAGGCUUGACAGAUUUCAUUUGUAUUGGUAAAAUCAACAAAAGAGUCGUUCCCCACCGUGCAGAUUUGUUGCUGUAUAUAAUCCGUUUUCCCGCCAGAAAAAUAAGACUGUUUGGUUAGUUCUGCUAAUUUUUAGACACUAUUUACUUCUAACUUGAAAAUACAUAUAAAAUAAGGUUAAGUGAUGUGUUUUUAAAGUGUUUUAAUUUUUAUCUUACCACGACAAUAUAUUUAACCCUUCACACUAGAAUAUUUAGGGUGAAUUGUGUAUUGGAAAUUCACAUAACCACAAGGCCAUCACUGAGUGUAUAUGUUUUAUGGCAGCUGAUGUUUCAUGUUACCAGCUUCAUUAGAAUAUUCAGAUCAAUAUACGCAGUUUAUAUUUUCAUAGACUGAAGACUUUUAUAUAUUUACAACAAUAAAAUAAUUUUCUUCGUGAUUUUUUGUAUAUUAGUACAGAAAUAUUUCAACCUUUAAGUAAUUAUAGCAGACAUUAUGGAAGAAGAAAUACAAGGAGCAUUGAAACAGUUUUUUCAAUUUGAAUCAUUUAAAUCAAAAGACCAAUAUCGUGCUACUGCAUGUGUAAUGUUGCAUAUGUUAACAAAAGAUUCAGAUGUAUUAAUUAAUUUACCACCUGCUUCUGGAAAGUCAAUUUGCUUUCAAUUGCCAACAAUGUCAUACGACGCAAAAAUUACUAUUGUAAUUGUACCAGAUGAAUACACCGGUGACGAACAAAUACAUUUUUUAGCUGAACAUCGAAUUAAAGCAUUUUAUGUUCAUUCAAAAACAUGUGAAAUUGAUAUAUCGGAAUUUCUUGAAGAAUUUGUUGAAAAUAUGAACCUCAAAUUUAUUUAUGUCACUGCAAAUAUGCUAAUAACAAAUUGGUUUCAGAUGUUAAUUCAAGUGAUGAAUGAUUUUGAUUUAAUUGUAUCUAUUGUGAUAGAUGAAGCACAUUGUAUAAGUGAGCAUUAUGGAAAGCCUAUUCAAUCAUAUAAAGAAAUUUCCAAACUACGAGAUAUUUUUCCUAGUACCCCUUUUAUAGCUUUGACUUCAGUUGGCACUGAUAAGAUCAUGACAGACAUAAAAAAUAAUUUAAAAUUAAAGAAUCCUCGAGAAAUAAAUCACCCAGAUUGGCAGCUUCCACAAGCAUACCUUCAAGUACGAUUCAAAGAUAUUAUACGUAAACCGUUUAAUGAUAUUACAAAUCUUAUCAAAAAUAUCACGGAUACUUCAAAAACAUUUUGUGGAAUUAUUGUUUGUUCAAAUUGUGAAGAUGUUUUGAAAGUUGCACAACAAUUAACUGCACUUGGUAUUCCUACGACAGCAUAUUGUUCAAAGGUGGAAGAACAUCAAAGAAAUCAAAAUGAACAAGAUUGGAUGGCUGGAAAAAUAACGAUGUUGGCAGUUACACAUCAUUUUGGAAUGAAAUUAAGUAAACCCUCGGUUACGUGUAUUAUUCACUGGACACUUCCAUUGACAAUGGAGCAAUAUUAUCAAUUUAUUAAAAAAUAUACAAGAUACAAUAAUCCAAUUCUCUGCAGAUCAUAUUUAAGUCUAGCAGAUUGGGUGAAUUUUCACAAGGAAGCUAUAAGAAUGUCUAGUCAAAUUUUUAGAGAAUAUACAAAAAUGAUAGAGUAUUGUAUAACUCCUAGGUGUCGACACGUGUUUUAUUUAAAAUACUUUGGAAUUGAAGUAAAUCCUUGUGGUAAUUCUUGUGAUUUUUGUGAAAAAGAAUCUUCAGUUAGAGUACAACAAAAAAUGUUUCAACAAUUUGUUGAUCAUCAUAUUUGGUAUCCAAAAACUAAAAAUUCCUUUACUUCACGAGUUUACAAUAUAAAACAGACACAUUAUAUAAAAAAUCUUACAUCUUGGCAAAGAUGUUUUCAGUGUGAUAAUUUAAAAAAAGCUCUAAUUACAAAUUAUCAAAAUUCAUGUAGUGUAAAUAAGCCAAUCAUGACAAUUAAAGAUUUUCAUGAUUUUGCAAAACAAUUAGAAUUCUCUGUAUUUGGUACAAGUUUCAAACAGCACACUUAUUGUGACAGAAUGAUUAAAUUGAUAAUGAAAAUUGAGAACUCAACAAAAUCGAAAGAAUUGUCUAACUUCAUUCUUACUUACAAGUAUAGAAAAGGACAGAUUCAUUAACAUAAUCAAUAUUCAUACUCAUCCACAUAUCGUAUUUGAUAUUCGUAAUUCAGUAUAAAAUAGCAAUAGAUUCAAUUGAGCUUGUAGAAAAAGAAGCAUUUUUACCAAAAUUUAUUUUAAGAUACCUGCCUGUUUAAGAACAUUAAGAACAUCAUACUAGUGAUCAAUUUGAAAUUAUUUCUACAGAUUUUCAAUUGGUCAAGUUUUUUAAAAGACACUGACCAUAGACAGUGAAAAUUGUACCGAGGCAACAGUACUGGAAAGUUAAUAAAGAACAGAAGAUCAAGGAAAGAAACAUUCCAAGUGAUACUGCAACCUCUUAAUAACCCUGAGGCUUUGCAAUUUUUCAGUGGGAUUUAUUAGAGCAUCAUUCUAUGGCUUUACGAUGCACCUGGUCGAAUAUCCUUUCCUUUCUUCGACACCUUUCUCGCGUAUUCUCUUUCCUUUUUUCAUUCGUCCACCAAAGAUCUGACUUCGAAGCAGUCUCAGAAUUUUUUUCUCUCUUUCACAUUUCCUUUCUUCCUAUUUUUCUCUCUUUCCCACAUACUCUAUUCCACCUACUCAUCCUGUCUUUUAUUCCGCUUUGCUUCUUUUUCUUCUUUCACACACAAGACUUGAACCCGGUGCCAGCUUAGUUAAUUAUUUUAUUCUCACGCCGAGCCGUCAGGUUUGCGCGUGCCUUUCAUUAAACUCUCUUUCUCAUUUUCUCUUCGUCUACACAUCAUACAGAUCACGUUGACUAUGUAUAUUUUUGUCAAUGAUUAAACUCUUUUAUUUGUUCACUUUUGUUAGCUACAGUUGUAUGUAAUAAAUAUUUUAUUGUCUCGAAAAGAAGUUAUCAAGCCAGAGAGUCUGUUGUUUGAGGUUUAGGAGGAUAUAAAAAGGAUGUCGAGUAUAUGCUUCACAGAGAUUUUAUGGCAAAAAGUAGUGGGGAAACCUCGAGCGUGCCAAGACGCGGUCACACUGAGUACAAAUAUAACAACAUAACUCUGACACUUGUACUUAUUAUUGUGGCUAUACAAAGCAUCCGACAUUUUUUAAUUACUUGGAUAAGAACCAAUUAAUGUCACCAGGAAUAAAUAUUCACAAAUUUUAUGUCUUUCAAUUAUCUUGGUGAACUUAGAGUAUAUUCAUGUAUAUAUUUGUCUAUUUAUAUGUUGGCUAGAAUUUAAUCAUACGAAUAUUGAUAAAAUUAUAUUUAUAUUAAUUUUUUAAUAAUAAUUUUUACAUUCUGAAGCUUUACUUCAACUUAGACUCA